CGCCCGACGCGCGUCGAGACGCGUCACCUCUUCAGCCACAUCUCCCUUCCACCGCGCGUUCACCAUACCGCUCUCCUUCUGCGCUCGAUCUCUUCUCAUUCACCCCGCACCACACCAUGGAAACGAUUGAUAUCAGCCGCUUGAAGUCUGGGGAGGUCAACCUCGGUACCUCCAUCAUGGCGGUCCAGUUCAGGGACGGCGUUGUAGUGGGCGCGGAUAGUCGGACGACGACCGGCAGCUAUAUCGCAAACCGUGUCACGGACAAGCUCACGCACGUCCACGACCGCAUCUACUGUUGUCGAUCAGGCUCCGCGGCAGACACGCAGGCGAUCGCAGACUACGUCCACUACUAUCUCCAACUAUACACACAAACGCACGGCGAACGGCCACCAGUCCAUACGGCGGCAAGCGUGUUCGAGCGAUUCUGCUACGAGAACAAGGACGCGCUCUCCGCAGGUAUCAUUGUAGCAGGGUGGGACAAGGAGGCGGGCCCCAGUGUAUACAACAUUCCUCUUGGUGGAGGUCUCUUCCGGCAGCCAUGGGCUAUUGGAGGCUCUGGCUCCACCUACGUGUAUGGAUACUGCGAUGCCACAUACCGUGACGGUUGGGGCAGGGACGAAACGGUCGAGUUCGUCAAGAACACUCUUGCGCUCGCCAUGUCAAGAGAUGGCUCCUCGGGCGGUGUCAUCCGCAUGUGCGUGAUCACAGAGGACAGCGUCGAGCGGCUCUUCGUUCCAGGGAACGAGCUGCCCAAAUUCUGGGAGGGCAAGGAAGUCCUCGGCAUGCCACUCACGAAGAAAGACGGCAACGAACCUGUACCGAUGGCUGUGGAACCUUGAGCACUGUGUAUUGUAGUCUGCGUAUCGCUAUCUUGCAAUCAUUUGCAUGGAAAUGAAGCGCGUCAUGCGUCCACGAGAG